GAGAGCGAGGAGAGAGAGGAACCUGUACUGUUCUACAACACAAGGAGAUAGGAAUUCGCCAGAGAUAAUAAAAAUUCUACGCGAUUUCGGCAAAGUUGAUCCGCGGGUUGCUGCUGUCAGUCGCUGCACUGGAACAUUCAGGGUCUCUCUGCUGGAUCUGGACUCUUUACAUUUGCCUUUUGGGGAAAGAGCUGCACCGGUUUUCUUUCUCUUUUUUUAACACGAGUGUUUGAGCUGAGCAGUGUUUUAACCGGUGGAUGGUAUACGUGCAGACCUCGCUAUAGAGACCUUACUAUUAUGUCACUGGAAGCUGUUACUCAUAAAACCUGAGGACAAAGAAACCUGCAAAAUGAAGAACAGAAGUGUGGCACAUUAGCUACUCUAAUGCAAAAACCUUUAAAAACUUCACUGAUGCAGUGAUGACCUGAAAUUGAGGGAUACUUUCACAAUAUUCUGACAAAGAGAUUGUUUAAUCUCAGUUAUAUAUUAUACGCCAAGCCGUUGUUAGCCUGAGAAAGCAAAUGAAAAGUCGCUUUUUAUGGUGUGAGUCACUGAAGAUGGAGACAUUGUGUGGCAUCCAGUAACUGGAUUUUGCAAUCUCAGCUGCUCUGUUAGCAGCUUGAUCGCUGGAUGAUUGAGUGCAGAUAGCAUUUUAACUGACCAGCAAAGGCACACUAUACAUCCCUAGAUGUACAGCUGCAGAUAGCAGUAGUUUCAAGUGUUAUUGAGCUUGUAAAAGGCCAGGUAGACAGGGUAGUUAAAUUUAUACCAUGAAUCCCAGAGACACUGUGGAGGUAAUGGAGACCCAGGCAGGAGAUCAGAAGGAGAAGCUGAGUGGAGACAAGUCCAACCCUGGAAAUGAGAUUGAGGGUGAGGAUGACAAAAUCCCUGGCGCUUACGACUGCAACAUCUGUGGACGCAGCUUCCCUUUCCUGAGCUCAUUGUCGCAGCAUAUGAGACGCCACACGGGUGCACGCCCUUACAAAUGCCCAUACUGUGAUCAUAGGGCCUCGCAGAAGGGCAACCUCAAAGUCCACAUCCGAAGCCACAAACUGGGCACCCUGUCUAGUCACCACUCCAAUGAAGAUGAAGAGGGUGGGGCGGAAGAGGAGGAGAUGAGGGUUUCAGAAGGUCUUGAUGGAGGCACCAGUCCAACUAAGAGCAGCUCUGCCUGCAACCGCAUGAUCAAUGGGGACGGUGGCGAGGAAAGUCGGAGGAAGGUGCCUGCAAGGAGCAUGAAAAGGGAAAAGUCUGUCACUGACCAGCGGCCUUACUGUUGCCGUCUGUGUGGCUACGAGGCCCAGCGGGAGGAUCAGCUCCUCAGCCACAUCGAGAAGGUCCACAUAACAGCAGACACAGAAGAGGAGACCACUGUUAAGGAAGAGGCUGUGACUGAACCUGAUUCAAGCCUGAUCCAACCCCAGAGUGACGGGACCUUCCCUUGUGAGACCUGUGGCCAGGUCUUCACACAAGCCUGGUUUUUGAAGUCGCACAUGAAAAAACAUGCAGGGAUCCUGGACCACUGCUGUCGGAUUUGCGGGAGACGUUUCCGUGAAGCUUGGUUCCUCAAAUCUCAUAUGAAAACACACAACACCAAAUCCAGGUCGCGGUCAAAAGCAGAUUCAGCUGAGCAUCCAGCCACAAUCAAUGACGUAGCACAGGACCCUGAUAUUGUUACUGUCUCUGUUACAUCUAUCUAUCAGAUGUGCUCCAAGUGUGGGAACCUGUUUCACAGCCGAGAGAGCCUGAGAGCCCAUGAUAAAGUUCACAGUCUGAGAUAUGACAGGAAAUCCCCAAAUCAAUGCAGACCCAUUGAAGACGAGGACUCACCAGCUGCUAAGAGACGUUUCCUUGACUGCUUAAACCUCCAGCCUGUUGAGGGAAAGACACUGGAUGAAGAGGAGGAAAACGAGAAAAAGAUUCUGGGCCAAAGAAUCCCAGAGUUAGAUCCAGUUUGCAGCUAUCAGGCCUGGCAAUUAGCCACUAAAGGAAGGGUUGUGGAGCCAGUGGAGCCAACGUACAAGGCCUCCCAUGCUGGAGGAAGUAUGGGAGAGGAGGCCCUGGCUGGAGCCGCUGUGGUUUUUGAGAAGGAGAGCAGUCGUUAUGUCCUGAAAGGUCAAGAGAAACGUAGCUCAGGCAGACGCAGCAGCUAUGGAUUGGGCAGCCACAACGCGUCAGGCGAUCGGACACCAGAGAGCCUCAGCGACUCGGAGUACCGACCUUCAUCUCGCCAAGAUAGACGGCGACCAUCCCAGUCACAAGCUUCUACCAAGUCCAACGAAUGCUUUGAAUGUGGGAAGGUGUUUCGCAGUCGUCACCAGAUGGUCGUUCACCAGCGGGUCCACAGGAAGGAUGGAGGAAGGGUGUCGGUGGGAGACAAGGAAAGAACCGCCAGAGAUGACCGAUGGGGCUCCACUAGUGACCCAGAGUCAGGCUCCCCCAGCCGGCCCAGCACCCCCGGGUAUGGAGACUCUCCACCAGCCUCCACCCUUGGAGACCAGGCCUCAGAGAUGGGUUCCUCAAACUCUGGAGAGCCUGCAGAUGAGAAACCCUACAUCUGCAGCUUGUGUGACUUUGUCACCACAGAGUCACAGGCCUAUUUGGGUCAUGUUCACAUCCAACACAACUCCAAAGAUAAACCCAGCCCCAUCCCCAGCCCCAGCUCCAACUUGGACAGAAGCACCCCCAGUGGUUAUCCCAAACUGAAGAAAGCUCUUCUUCAGGGCCUGAACAACUCUGCAUCUCCACCUACUUACCUUUCAGCCCGAUCCACUGCACUGGAUCCCAGUAUGACCCCUGUGGAUCUGUGUGUCAGGGCUGAGGGCAUCAGGGGAAUAGCCUCCUCAGCCUUGGACAGGAAAAAUCUCCCAAGCCACAAGUGCUCCUUCUGCGCUCACUCCACCCGCUACCCCGAGGUGCUGUGGAUGCACCAGACUGUGGCUCACCGCAUCAACAGUAGUAGCUCAAAUCUGGCUCCUAAGUGGGCUCUUAAAAACAACUCAAAGGGCUCCCGGGACAGCUUGUUAUCCUCCAGGAGACGCACUGGACCUCCACCAGUUCUGGAUGGGAAGGAGUGUCAGCCACUGCCUCCACUGAUGCGCACCCAGCGUACACGGCCUCCAGCCUGCUCCACUGAGGUACCAAAGAAGAACAAGCCAGCCAGUCAUGCAGCCACACCUUCAUCAUCAUCCUCUACUCCCUGCUCCUCAUCUUCUAGGGGCUCCUCCUCCACCUCAGGCAACCAAGCUGGGAGGGUCCCUGUUCGGCCAGGCAGCAGCACCAGCAGCAGCGUCAGACACAUAGAGGACCAGAGUCAUCAGUCUCGGUUCAGACCCAAAGUGGACAUGUACCCACGAGCAAGCUCGCUGUCAUCUUCUAGUUCCAUGGAGAAGAACACUGGUUCCCUCUCACGUUCCUCAGCACCAAGCCCCAGCUCUGCUGCACCUUCCAGGAUGGACCGCUACUUGAUGCCUCAGGAGGGUCUGGGUUUCAUGCUGUCCAGCAAACACGGCCUAGCAGAGUACAGCCGAGCUAGGGGCUCUCUUCAUCAGCCACUUCCCAACUCCCACAGUCAGGUUCGGACGAACACUACAAGGCCCAGCGCUAUCACCUACAGUUCAGCAGCAGCACACAACUAUGGUGCCUCCCAGGCACAGGGAGGCACUCUGCAGAACUCCUCCUCCCCAUCCUCUUCCUCUUCAUUACCUUCAGAAGCUCGUGGAGAUGUGAAGCACGAGCCAAUCACAGAGACACCAGAGAUGCCAACCGACAUCCUCACCUUCCUCAAAAACUACAGCCCACAUGAACUGGCUGCCCUCUACCACCGCUGGGGAGCAGCCAAUGCCCUGCUGGAUCCCACUGGGAUGCUGAGGUCUCUCAUGCGGCAGGGACAGUAUUUCUGCCAUGAGUGUGGGAAGAGUUUCAGCCAGCCGAGCCACCUGCGCACUCAUAUGAGGUCCCACACAGGGGAAAGGCCAUUCUGCUGCCAGCUCUGCCCAUACCGAGCCUCUCAGAAAGGGAACCUAAAGACGCAUGUCCAGAGCGUCCACCAUUUGCCAUUUGACAACAGCCAGUACCUCGACACGAGGACGUUGUUACUGAGCCAGGAGGAGCGGGGAGCGCUGGCUGCCAAACACCCACCAAACUCACAACAGUAACCUUCUGACUGACACACCACGACUUGGACUCGAGGACCAGCUUAGUCAGGGAACCCCACCAUUCUUUAAAAUCUGGAAGAUGGACCCAAGACUCUUUAUAGACCUUUUGAGCUUCUCUCUUCCACCCAUUAUCCUUUAAUGACCUGGAAGUUUUUUUGUUUUGUUUUUUUUAAUCUAAAAGAGGCUGCAGUAGGAAAUUUUAAAAUCACAAAGAGGGGCUGCAGUGGGAAAAGGUGUCCUUGCGCAUAAUUGAAAGAAUUUCUGGUGAAAGUCUGCUUUUAGAAACGGUAUAUACCAGGUGUGCACACAGGUGGGAAUUGCUCUUGCCACUGAGAAAUGAAAUAUAAAGUCUACUUAGCAGGAAAGCUGGACUCACUAAUGUUCAGUCUUUUGCUUCUUUCCACUGAGAUGAAGGUUUGCAUCACCUGAAAGGAUUUCUGGAUAUAGAAGGCCUAAAAAAUUCAAAGUUACCUCUUGCUGCCAUUUUGGAGGUACCAACAAGUGAAGCUGCCUCAUGCAGAUUUACAGGUAGAGCAAAAUUUCUGAACUUGAAUGCAACUGCUAGCGCUUUAAUCAAGGACUGUGGGAUUGCAUGGCUGCUGUAGUUGCCCCCUCAACACUUUUUCUUUUUAGCUUUAUUGUAUAUGAGUUUGUGCAUUCCUCAGGACACCAAUCAUCAACCCACAGCAAGAGAAGAUGCUCGGCAAAGCAUCAGUAGACGACUGGCACAUUGCAAGCUAGUCUCCUCUGGGUUUCUGAGUCAGAAGAUGAAAACUUGCAUCUUUCUGUUUGUCUGUGUGUGUGUCUGUGUGCUACGGUUAAGCUUGCUUCCCUUCACUCCACUGUGUAACGGUGGGAGUGCAGUGACCACUCUGAGGCUGUGUAGCCGAUGAUUAGAAGGAGAGAGGAAGAUGGAGAGAGGUAGGGUUAGGAAGAGAGAGAGAGAAAACGCUAAUGGGGGUGUCUACUUUAGUGCUCAUUAAAAAAAAGCGUACGUUUUUAAUAGCCAAUAUAAAUGAGCGUCCCAUUUUUAUGGCCAUUCAAUUAUUGUCCAUUUAAGAGGAAGGGACUGAGCGGAGUUUGCCUUCAUAACUUGCUCAUAUUAGAGUGUUUCCCACUAAGACAAUUCUCACUUUAAAUUACACUUCACAACAGUAGGAGUGACAGGAAUAUGUCGACUCUAAAUUGCACAGACUAUACUUCAGCUUGUGUACGUGCACAGAUGAACAUGAUACUUCUCAUGUUAGGCAAAAAAACCCAAAAAAACAAAAAAUCUGCUUCCCGAUAUUUCCUGAUCACUUCUCAGCCUGUUGAUCUUCUAAAAACUAUUUGAAGAAAUCUGUGACACCAAAAUCAUCUCAUGCUAGGUUCAGACUACACAAUAUUUUCUCUAAAGUCAGAUUUGGUGAUUUUAAAGUUGUGACAUCUUGCCGUGAUUUUGUCAAAACAAAUGAAAUGAUCAGGAACGCCAGCUCUUGAAAACAUGAAUGUCAACAAACAAUAGGGUGAAUGGAAUUGGAUGUUUUGUUGAGAUAAAUAUCAACCGUCUGCCUAUUUGUAGAUUGCACCCGGUUCAAAGUUAGUUUGUCUUCUCUUUUGUGUCUUUGGAUGAUCACUUUGGGCUCUUGGAGGUUGUCACCAAACAGCAGAGAAACUAAAAGAAAUUCUGAUUUUAUGGAUUUUUUUGUGGGGCUGUCAUGAGGCAUCUCAGAUGCUGGAUGCAGCAAUGGUCAUCUAUGAAAAUAUUCUUGUCUUUUGUGUCUUUGUGCCGAUAUUGUGUAGUCUGAACCCAACUUUAGUCUUUCUGGUAGCUUUCUGCCAGCAGGAUACUGUAACUUUGUGCCUCCUAACUAAGUAAUCAAAAUACUGGUAUGGGAGAGAAUCAAAAACCUACUUUGUCUAGACUUUUGUUUUAUAAAACAUUCCUUAUUUCUUGUAGAAUAGUUGAAAGAUUCUAAAACUGAAAUUAAACAACUUGAUUGAGGAAAUUCAGAGCCAGACUUGCUCUUUGUGCUAAGCUAAUUUAACCACCUUAAUGAAACUACUAGACAGACAUGUCAGCGAGGUGCUCGUCUAACUCUUGUCAAGAAAGUCUUCCUACAAUGUCCAACUACUGCUUUAAGGCUGACAGGUUUGUUUAACUGAUAAAAUGGGCACAUGAGUGAACAUAUCCACCAUACAUUAGCCUGCUUAUUGGACAUGCAACAAGUGACACGAUAAGCAGCAACGAGCUGAUUUUGUUGCCGGAACAUUUAAGCGGACUAAUGAGCCAGUCUCCCAUGCUGUCAGUCUAAUCCUUGAAUGGUGAUGUGGGGAUUUAAAAUUCUGGGGGGACGGAGUGAAGAGGUCAGAGAGAGCAGCCGGAGGUCAGGAGGUCGGGCUUCCAGAGAGUGCAGAGAUAAAUAGACAAGGUGGAGACGUUUUGAAGCCUAUUGAAUUGUCGAGCUGUCACAGCCUUAACACAAGUGUGCGUGUGAGUGUACAUUUAUGUGUGUUUGCCCAUUCCCUUCAAACCUAUGUAUACUGUGGAAGAAGUUGACUACAUUUCUGUGUAUUCCAGCCUCUGUCUAGAUGCUUAGCCUACCUCCUUUGCAAUGGAAGCCUGUUAAAGUUUGAACAUGAAGUGGGGCUGUUUGUUUUACUUUGUUUUGAACCCCUAAAUGGUCCCAAUAAGUUGUCCUGCUUCAACAUGUUGGGGAAAAGAAGAAGCAAUGCAAAGCAGCUCAAAAACGUAAAAGGCAAGCCUGAAACUGUAGAUUUCUUGGAUUCAAAAUUCACACCAAUAACAGAUCAUACAGAGUACUGUAUUUCCCAUCUAUUUUGAAACCUCAGUAGUUUUUACACAAACACAUUAAGAAAUGGUUGCUUUACCAGUUGGUUGUUUAGUUCUGCAUACAAUAUUGUGUGCUUGAAUAUGCCUAACAAUACACAGAUGUGUAUAUUGAAGGUGUGGGUAGUGAAAAUACUUGAAACGGAUACUCUAGCCUUUGAGGUAGUGUAGUACUAAUACCAAUGUUGUACAGAAUUCCCUUUAAGAUUAACUCCUCAGUUAUGAAUUUGUACUCCGAAGUGUGACUUAGAAAAACUAUGAAGCAGGAGUGAGUGUAUGUAAUAUAAAGUGUAUAUCUGUAAUCCACUCUUACCAAACCCUUUAUAUACAGCGGUAGAAACCAAAUGGCAUUACUAGUGCACUUAGACUAGGUUAGUGCUUUAACCAUUCUUAUUUUGUCCAUCUCUAGCUAAGGUUUCUUUGAGAAUGUCAUUUUUAUUGGUGCCGGCUAACACACUUCAAUGUAAUUUCUGGUUUAGAGGCUUUUCUUUGUUUGUUAGAAUGAUUCCAUAGAUAAGAAUGACAAAUGAUUUGUUCUGUGGCACAGCUUUUUUAGCUACGUUUCCUCGUGGAAAGUUUGAUAAUGCUAGAUGCGCAGUGCUUAUUUUUCUUUCAGAAAGAUGUAAGAGUGUGUUUUUAGUCUUUCUCUUUGCUAAACUGUAGGGUUUGUUCAGUAGCUAGUCAUGGCUGCCCUCCCAGAGGGGCUGGCAGGUGUUGUUCUUUUCUAUUUGGUUGGGUUUUUAUCAUGCCUCUUAAGUUGUAUUAUUUGUGUCCGUAUUUCUUUUGUUAUGAACUUCAUGAUUAAUUUACCUUAGAAGACAAUAUUAUUCCAAAUGUAUUUGGUUGAUAUCUGUAUUUAUUAUCACUUCAAAAAGGAUAAGAGGAGCGAGGCAGACAGGAGUGUUUGUUUUAAUUUGAUUUUUCUGGGUUGUUUUUGUUUUUAUACUGUGUAGUUUUCAAGCCAGCAAGCCGAUGUGAAAGCUCUACCUCGUCUGAGCCAUUCUCAGUUCUGUUACACUUUUGUACAUCAUUUCAAAAAGAUGUAAUGUCAUGUCCACAAUAAAGACACACAAAAUGGCA